UAUUAAUUUGUGCGCCGAUGCCAAUGCAAUACAGUUAAGCAGAGUUGAAUGUGACACUAACUUUCACGCUUUCACCCACUCCCUCUUCUUCUUCUUCUUCUUCUACUUCUACAAUGCUCAAGUUCCUCAACCGCAAACUCCGCCGCCUCUGUUCCCGUCUCCGAUGGCCCCGUCGCCGGAGAAUCAGACCUAGGGUACUCGUCAUCAAGAAGUUUGGAAAAACCACCUCCUACGAAACCAACUCUCAUCCCGAAAAAACCAUCGACUCCUUCGUCAAUGCUUCCUCGCCCUCAGCUGUUCAUCCCAAUUCUCAAUUCUACCUUCUCAAUACACAGAGACCCAUACGAAUUGCAACGUUCAAUGCCGCCUCCUUCUCCAUGGCACCUGCCGUUCCUGAAAAAUCCAAUUCCUCUGCUAAAUUCCGCCGGAGUUUGGAUUCAAAUUCACGGACAAAAUCCGUAAACGAUCGUCCCAAAAGCAUUUUGAAACAAUCUCCAUUGCAUACCAAUUCCAUUAAUAGUGGAGUCGCUAAAACCAAGCCCCGGGUUUCCAUCAACCUGCCUGAUAACGAAAUAUCUUUACUUAGAAAUCGACAAGCGAGCGAGUAUGAAAUGGAGGAGAAUCUUUCUUCUUCAGGUAAUGAUAGGAGGGGGAUGGGGAUAGCUAAGAGUGGAACUCCUUUGAGAUGGACUGUAAGCAUGCCAUCGGAACGGGGGAGUUACCGAUGCAGUCGGACGGUUGUGGAGGUUCUUAGAGAUUUGGAUGCUGAUAUAUUGGCGUUGCAAGAUGUGAAGGCGGAGGAAGAGAAACAGAUGAGACCGCUUUCGGAUUUGGCGGAGGCUUUGGGAAUGAAGUACGUUUUUGCAGAGAGUUGGGCGCCGGAGUACGGAAACGCCGUCUUGUCGAGGUGGCCGAUCAAACGGUGGAAAGUUGAGAAGAUCUUUGACGACACCGAUUUCAGGAAUGUUUUAAAAGCAACCAUUGAUGUGGAAGAAGUAGGAGAGGUAAAUGUUCAGUGUACCCAUUUGGAUCAUCUAGAUGAGAAUUGGAGGAUGAAACAGAUAAAGUCCAUAAUCCGAUCAAACAACAAUGAACCGCAUAUCUUAUUAGGAGGCCUCAAUUCUCUGGAUCCCACAGACUAUUCUCAACAAAGAUGGACGGAUAUUGUGAAGUAUUACGAAGAGAUAGGAAAGCCGACUCCAGAAGCUAAAGUCACCAAGUUUCUAAAAAGCAAUAUGCAAUAUAGGGAUGCAAAAGAGUAUGGAGGAGAAUGCGAAUCGGUGGUGAUGAUCGCCAAAGGACAAAGUGUUCAAGGGACGUGUAAGUACGGGACUCGGGUGGACUACAUAUUGGCCUCUCCCGAUGCAAAUUAUGAGUUUGUACAAGGAUCCUACUCCGUUAUUUCUUCCAAAGGAACCUCUGAUCAUCACAUUGUCAAGGUUGAUUUCCUCAAACUACCUCAUCGGCCUCCACAGCCUCGGCCUCAGCCUCAAACUCAACUCCAUUCACAUUCCCUUUCCCCUUGGAAGAAGAGAUGGACAUGAAGUAACAAUCGAUAUUCCCACCACUCCUUUUUCUUCUUUCAUUUCUUCAACUUUUGUACUUAUAUUUACAGCCAUUUAGGAAUCAAACCAAUUCCUCCCGUGUCAUCUGUUACCAAAAUAUAAGCUCCAUUAUGAUUACGGGGGGAUGAAAUAACAACAAACAAAUUACGAUCA